UCUGCUCUAUAGAGCUAUAUGACGAUGAAACCGGAAAUAAGAUGCUUCAUAGAUAAUUUACAAAAUGUUCUUAUCGUCGCUGGUCUGUACAGCUACAUGUAUUAUAACUCUAUGAAGACGGUGGUGACAUCUUAAUCUAACAAAACAUUUUGAUAAAAAGGAUCUUUAUUUUGACAUGUCUACCAGCAAUCAUAAAGUAAUAAUAAGAAAUAUUACGAAUAGUAGAAUCAUCAGUGAUUCCAAUUUAAAGGAUUCAAUAUUUGAAUUACUAAACAUGUGCAAAAAUAUUUAUACUUUGAGGAACUGUAUAAAAAUAAAGAAGGAAAAGAAGCAGAGGUAUGCUGUAAUUCUUCUAAGAAAUCCAAACGAAGUUUUUGAAGUAUUAGACCGCUUAAAGAACCGGCGAAGCAGGAACUCCCUUGGAUUCGAUUUUUAGACACUAGCUGAUAAAGAUGUAGACAUCGACGUUGAGAUGGAAUUGCCUGGAAGAUACUAUCGAAAAGGUCAACAUAUAGGCAGAGAUACUAGACAAAUGGAAUUCAAACUUGGUGGAGGAGAUUAUGUCAAAAAAUAUUUGAGGGAAGAUGUUCUUAAGUAUGUAUGUGGGUAUUUAAACGGAAGAACCAAAGGAACUCUGUUCAUUGGUGUAGAUGAUGAUGGUCAUGUUGUUGGUGUCAAUUGUGAUGAAGAGGAUAAGAUUCGUCGAGAGUAUAUCGACCAAAGCAUCAGAGCAAUAAAACCACCUGUCGAUAAUAAGGACUAUAACGUAGAGUUUAUUCCCGUGGAAGCGAAUGGAAAAUUAAGAGCCAAUUGUAAAGUAAUUGAAAUAACAGUCUACAAGAAAAAACAACUCAACAGACUUUUUGACAGUAAAGGUCACGUGUAUAUGAGACGUGAAGGUAGUGUAUCAGAUUUUACUGCAGCUGAAGUACAAGAUUGGAUUUUUCAGAACCGUCCAGCGAAAAAGUGCACUUUGCUAUGAUAUUCAGAUAUCAAAAGAACAGUAUUUGGUUGGAUACCAACGUGCUUUCGACUACCACUAACUGUUCCUCCAGUACACAAUAGGAUCUUAAUCAAUUGCAAGAAACUAUCUUUAUUUUGAAAUGAUCUCAUUAUGUCAGGGUAAUAAAACCAUCAUCUGUAUAUGUCACAAAUAUACAUGAAUGCUCUUUCGUUUUAGUUAAUUAAGAAAUCCUAAAAAAAUCUAAAUUGAUAA